CGCUUGGACAGCCCAGAAGGCUCUCUUCCGCUUGAAUGAUCGGUGUAGAGAGAGAGCCUCGGCAAGACACAGCUCCUGUGCCAGCGUUGCUCCAAGGAGUGGAGUCUAACUGAUGUAUUAUAAGUGAGGACCGGAAAGGAGCGCAUAAAAGGAUUCCAUACAUUUUCUGAUUGGAUGUGAGUCUACUUUGACCCCCACAAAACUGAAGAUGAUGUUGCUAUGGAAACUGCUGCUCCCGCUGCCAUUGAUGGGUUGCCUCGCAGUGGGGGGUGGCCAGCAGAGCCCGGUCUUCACCAAGCAGCCCGGCAGCAUCGUGUUCCCCGCGGACUCCCUUGAGAAGAGCCGUGAGGUGGUCUUCAGCUGCGAGGCCCAGGGCUCCCCACCUCCAUUUUACAGGUGGAGGCUGAACGGAUCCAUUAUCGACCCGACAUCGGGCUCCCACUACACCCUGUCUGGCGGGAACCUGCGCAUCAGCCGCCUGAACAAGGACAGAGACGCCGGUACCUACCAGUGCCUGGCCUCCAACACCUUCGGGACCAUCAUCAGCCGAGAAGCCAGCCUCACCUUUGCAUACCUGGAAAACUUCAAGACUCACAGGCGGAACUCGGUGUCGGUGCGUGAAGGACAGGGCGUGGUGCUGCUGUGCGGCCCUCCUCCCCACUCUGGAGGUCUGACUUUUUCCUGGAUCUUCAACAAGUACCCGUCGGUCGUCAAGCAGGACAGCCGUCGUUUCAUCUCCCAGGAGACGGGCAACCUGUACAUCGCCAAGGUGGAGCCCUCGGACGUGGGCAACUACACCUGCGUAGUGACCAACACGGUCACCAAGACGCGGGUAGAGGGCCCCUCCACUCCUCUGGUGCUGCGCUCUGACGGUGUGAUGGGCGAAUAUGAACCAAAGAUUGAAGUGCAGUUCCCCGAGCUGGUUCCCGUAGCCAAGGGCUCCACAGUGAAGCUGGAAUGCUUCGCCCUGGGAAACCCGGUCCCAUCCGUAACGUGGAGGAGGGUGGACGGCGUGCCGUUCUCUCGCAAGGUGGACAUGCGCAAAGUCAGCGGCGUCCUGGAAAUCCCCUACUUCCAGCAGGAGGACGCCGGACUCUACGAGUGCACCGCCGAGAACGCCAAGGGCAGGAACGCGGUGAAAGGCAAACUGUCUUUCUACGCUCCUCCGCAGCUGAUCGAGCUUCCGCAGGAUGUGCAGAAGGCCAUUGAUGAGUCCCUGGUGUGGGAGUGCAAGGCCACCGGCAAGCCCAAGCCCUCCUACAGAUGGAUGAAGAAUGGAGAGAACCUGAACCUGGAGUCAGUGGAGGGCAGAGUGCAGGUCAUCAACGGGGCCCUGACCAUCAGCCGCCUGACCAUGUCUGACAUGGCCAUGUACCAGUGUGUGGCCGAGAACAAGCACGGAGAGGUGUACAGCAACGCCGAGCUCAGAGUCGUCGCUGUUGCUCCGGACUUCUCGGCGAGCCCGCUGCGGAAGCACACGCUGGUGCGCGAGGGCGGCGACGUGCUAAUCGAGUGCCGGCCCAAGAUGUCCCCGCGAGGACUCAUCACCUGGAGGCGGGGCGGCGAGCCGGUCCGCCACAACAGCAGGGUCUCCAUAUUGGACAGUGGGAGCCUGCGGAUAUCCAACGCCAGCAAAUCAGACGCCGGGAUCUACACCUGCGUGGCUCGGAACCAGUUCGGGGAGAACAGCAGUGCUGGGAACCUCCUGGUUAAAGAGGCCACGGUGAUCACCACUCAGCCUGGGACGCUGGACGUGACGGUGGGGGAGAGCAUCGUGCUGGCCUGCCAGGUGACCCACGACCCCUCCCUGGAGCCGCGCUUCACCUGGUUCUUCAACGAACAGGUCAUCAACUUCGGCAGCCAUGGGGGCUACUUCGAGAAAGUCGGCGGCCAUUCUGCUGGGGAUAUCAUGAUCCGGAAUAUUCAGCUGCGGCAUGCUGGGAAGUACACGUGCGCCGUGCAGACCAAAGUGGACAGCAGCUCCAUAGCCACAGACCUAAUUGUUCGAGGUCCUCCGGGCCCGCCCACCAGCGUCACAGUGGAGGAGAUCAGCGCCAGCACGGCAUCCCUGUCCUGGAGGCCCGGGCCCGAUAAUCACAGUCCAAUUACCGCCUACACCAUCCAGGCCAGGACGCCCUUCUCGCUGGGCUGGCAGGCCGUCACCACAGUUCCGGAGGUGGUGAGGGGCCAGCACAUGAUCGCCACGGUGACCGACCUGAGCCCCUGGGUGGAGUACGAGUUCCGGGUGCUGGCCAGCAACACGGUGGGAACCGGGGAGCCCAGCAAGCCGUCCAAGCAGGCGCGCACCAAAGAAACACUGCCAAAGGUGACUCCAGCCAAUGUGAGUGGAGGAGGGGGCAGCCGCUCAGAGCUCGUCAUCACCUGGGAGCCGGUGCCGGAGGAGCUGCAGAACGGCGAGGGCUUUGGCUACGUGGUGGCGUUCAGGCCGUACAACGCCACGGGCUGGAUGCAGGCCGCCGUGCCCUUCGCGGAGGCGGCGCGCUACGUCUUCAAGAACGACAGCGUGCAGCCCUUCUCCCCCUUCCAGGUCAAGGUGGGCGUGUACAACAACAAGGGGGAGGGGCCCUUCGGACCCACCGUCACCGUCUACUCCGCGGAGGAGGAGCCGGUGCGGACCCCCAGCAGAGUGCGUGCCAAGAGCCUGUCAGCGUCGGAUGUGGAGGUGAUGUGGAGAGGCCUGCCCUUUUACACCAGCCGGAAAGCCGACCAGAGCAAGAGAAUCCUCGGAUACGAGCUGAGGUACUGGGAGAAGACGGAAAAGGAGGAGACGGCGAGCGUGCUGAGGACUGUGGGUAACCAGACGUCGGCCAUCAUCCAGGGCCUGAGGGGCAGCUGCACCUACUAUGUGACGGUGCGGGCCUACAACACGGCCGGUACCGGACCCCCCAGCGGUGUCGCCAACGUCACCACCAAGAAGCCGCCCCCCAGCCAGCCUCCGCUGAAAGUGAUGUGGAACACGUCGAACUCCAAGAUCGUCCUAAACUGGGAGCAAGUGAAAGCCCUGGAGAACGAGUCCGAGGUCAUGGGCUACAAAGUGCUCUACAAGCGGCGGCACAGUCGGCCCAGCGUGAUGGAGACCAACACCACCUCGGUGGAGCUCUCCCUGCCCACAGACGAGGAGUACAUCAUCCAGAUCAAGCCCUUCGGAGAGGGCGGCGAAGGCAGCAGCAGCAGACAAAUCACCAUCCCCAGAAUAGCAGGUUCCACUGCAGUGGGUUCAGCCUCCACCGUCUCCACCCUGUCAGCCCUCAGCACAAUAGCGUUGUCCUUCACAGCACGGACGUCCUUAUGACCCACCGGAUCACCGCCGACUAUUUCCGCGUAGAGCGUAGAGAAUAUGAGGACAAGAGACACAGGUGACCCUGAAGCUGCCACUGCAGAGCAGCAGGAGUCGAGGCGACGACAACGACGACGACCGUGAUGAUGCAAACGACCAAGUUAAAUCUACAUCCAUCCAUUUAGACGCUAGAAAGCAAGGCUUGAGAGAGGAGAGGGGCUCGGGAGGGGGAAAGAGGAACUAAACUGAGUGAAUUGAGAUUACGUACAGUAGGGCAGAAAAGGUUACAGUAGGCUCCUGCCACAUAGGAGGCUACAAGAGACUGGGUGCAAAAACAAAACAAGGCUCGAGUCUGUUGUUACCAAAGCAGCUUACAAAAAAAAAAUAGAGGCUGGGGGGUAGAAUGAAAAUGUCUUAUAAUAUGCUUAAUUUUGUACGACAUACCUUGUUUUUUUAUAUACAUUUACGUUGACUCAACUUGAAAAACUGAUCUGCAACCCAGUUGUUGCUGGAGGGGCUUAAAGUGUGGACAGGAGCUGUUGUAGAUGCAUGUCACUGACAUUUGACUGUGUAAAACAAAAAACGGGAUUAUUUUAAUGGGAGGAAACCCCCCUCUCCCCCCUUGGAACCCUUUAGACAUGUGAUGUGAUACUGUUUAUUUCCAGAUGAAAAACCUUGGUCUGUUUACUGUCUGGACCCAUACAGUCAUACAUACAUCACAUGACUACUCCCCCCCCCGCCCAUCAGUUCGCGUCAGCAUUGCACUAAAGCUAUCCUCCCUGCGAUGGCAGAGUUUUAAAAGAAAAAAAGGGUAAAAAAAUAUAGUUUUAGAAAGAAAAAUGAAAAAAGAUGAGCUAGAACAUGCUUUAUAUUAUGAACGAGGGUGAAUGUCAAUCCAUCUCUCCUCCUCUGUAAGUGAAACGUUCCCAUGCCGGCUCCCCCUGGCAACUCUGUCGUUAAGCCUAUUGAAGACUGCUAAAACAUAUGGCUGUCACAUCAUCAUCAUCAUCAUCAUCAUCAUCACCCAUGCAUUUAUGUACCGUACAUUAUAAAGCUCUUCUUUGCCUUGUGUGUGCCUCAUCACGUGUUUUAAAGAUCCUCAGGUCCUGAAGAAAAAGCCUUAACUUAUACCACUUAUAUAUUUAUUUUACAAGAGUACAACUGUAUCUCAUCGCUAGCCUAGCGCAGUCAGACUUUUUAUGCAGCAGUUGUUUGUGACUGAGUGAAAUUACAAUGAGUAGACAUAUUACAUGUACCUAUUGCAUUGCUUUGCGGUACGUUAGGACUUCAACAAGGUCCAUCUUGUGAUGUUGCCACUCAUCCUGGUUCAAGGGCGAUACAGCAUGUGAGGCCUGGU